CUUCAACCAGCAACUAAGAUUCUAACCCCUUCACUCUCUUUCUCUCUUUCACACCACUUCAAAAUCACCACGCUUUCCCUCACUUUCCCUCACUUUCUCCCAAACCAAACAUGCAUCUCUUCUUCUAUCUCCUUCUCCUCUCCCUCUCCCUCUCUCAAACUCUCGCUUCACCAACAGAACUUGAACUCCUAAUGCAAAUCAAGGCUUCUUUAGACCCGCAAAACAGGUUGUUGACAUCAUGGGAGCCCAACAAAGACCCGUGUAGUGGUGCCUUCGAAGGUGUGGCAUGUAAUGAACAAGGCCACGUGGCUAACAUUUCCCUCCAAGGGAAGGGUCUUUCAGGCCAAAUACCAGCAGCUUUAGGUGGCCUAAAGAGUUUGAGUGGCCUGUUCUUGCAUUUUAAUGCAUUGAAUGGAGCGAUACCAAAAGAGAUCGCUGAGUUGAGUGAACUCAGUGACUUGUAUCUCAAUGUUAACAAUUUGUCUGGAGAGAUUCCACCCCAGAUUGGUAACAUGUCUAAUCUUCAAGUUUUGCAGCUUUGCUACAAUAAGUUGGCUGGGAGUAUACCAACACAACUGGGAUCUCUGGAGAAGCUCAGUGUCCUUGCUCUGCAAUAUAAUCAACUAACUGGUGCAAUUCCUGCGAGCUUGGGGGAUUUGGAGUUCUUGUCAACGUUGGUUUUGAGCUUUAAUGGCCUUUUUGGUCCGAUACCUGUAAAAUUAGCUAGAGCUCCUCUGCUAAAAACUCUAGACAUUCGUAACAAUAGUCUCUCCGGGAAUGUACCUCCAGCUUUGAAGAGGCUAACUACUGGAUUUCAAUAUGGAAACAACCCUGACUUAUGUGGCGUUGGGUUUUCUAACCUUGAAACAUGUGUGACUUCUGAUCCUAAUAAACCUGAACCUUCCAAACCUAAUGUUGCUUUGCCAAAGGACAUCCCAGAGUCUGCAAACCCUUCUAAUUGCAGUAAAAGUGACUGUUCACAUCUGACAAAAACCCCAAGAUAUGGUAUCAUAUUCGGGGUGAUUGGAGUUUUCAUUGCAAUGUCUGUCUCCGGGUUUCUGAUGUUUUCAUGGUACCGUCGCCAUAAACAGAAAAUUGGAAGUGCUUCUGACACUUUGGAUAGCCGUCUUAGCACUGACCAGGCCAAGGAGGUUUACAGGAAGAGUGUCUCCCCGCUUAUUAGCCUAGAAUAUUCCAAUGGGUGGGACCCCUUGGCCAUUGAUCGAAGCAAAAGUGGGUUUUCUCAAGAAGUUCUUGAGAGCUUCAUGUUUAAUUUAGAAGAGGUGGAGCGUGCAACUCAGUGCUUCUCGGAGGUGAAUUUGUUGGGGAAGAGUAAUUUCUCAGCUACCUACAAAGGGAUCCUGAGAGAUGGGUCAGUUGUUGCUAUAAAGUGCAUCACCAAAACAAGUUGCAAGUCUGAUGAAGCUGAUUUUUUGAAGGGGUUGAAGAUAUUGACCUCGCUGAAACAUGAAAAUCUGGUGAGAUUGAGAGGUUUCUGCUGCUCAAAAGGAAGAGGGGAGUGUUUCCUCAUCUAUGAUUUUGUUCCCAAUGGAAAUUUGGUGCAGUAUCUUGAUGUAAAGGAUGGUAGUGGGAAGGUUCUUGAAUGGUCGGCUAGAAUUUCUAUCAUAAAUGGCAUUGCUACAGGUAUUGCGUACUUGCAUGGAAGUAAAGGAAAUAAACAUGCUCUAGUUCAUCAGAAUAUAUCGGCUGAGAAAGUGUUCAUCAACAGACCGUAUGAUCCCUUGAUCUCAGAUUCAGGCCUGCACAAACUCCUUGCGGAUGACAUUGUCUUCUCCAUGCUCAAAGCCAGUGCUGCCAUGGGAUAUUUGGCUCCUGAAUACACAACCACUGGCCGUUUCACAGAAAAGAGUGAUGUUUAUGCAUUUGGCAUGAUUGUACUUCAAAUCCUCAGUGGAAAACGUAACAUCACCCAGUUGACUCUCCACGCAGCUGAGUCAUGCAGGUAUGAAGAUUUUAUUGAUGCAAAUCUUGGAGGAAACUUCUCAGAAUCAGAGGCAGACAAGCUUGGAAGAAUAGCCCUUCGUUGCACUAAUGAAUCUCCUAUUCACAGGCCAACCGCGGAAACUGUGAUGCUAGAACUAAGCGAAUCUAUUGUCGCUGCUUAAUUUAUUUGAAAUUAUGGUCUUUUUGUCCCAAUUUUCGGACAAGAAGAGGGAAGUUGUAGAUGCGUCACUAACCACUAGCUGAUGUCGAAACUCCUUUUACUAAUAUCUAACUGCACUGUGUUGUCUUGAGGACUCAAGUUCCCGUGAACGUCGUAUCUGUGACCUACCUUCGAGCCAAUUGUAAUAUCCUAGGGGGUUGUCUGAAAUGAAUUUAGUCAUGUAACAAGUGAGUAUUCUGUUUUCUUAAUAAGCAGACCAAGUUUGUUUUAGUUGCA